AUGAAGACAUCGUUUACAGCCUGGAUCAGUUUGUCUCUCUUCUUUACAAUCAUUUGCACCAUGCAAGCCUCGAUGGCGAACCCAAUACCUACUUCCGAGAUCACAGUCACCCUUAAGCUUGAAUGGAAUGUCACAGUCAUUGAUAAACCGAUUCCAGCGAGUUAUACCACAAAGGUUCCCAACGGAACUCUUCUGAUUGACAUCAUGAACAAAGCCGCUGACAGCGAGAAGCAAGGCCCCUUUGACGAAUACAAAAGCACGUACUACAGCGUCAUGGGUUAUUUCAUCACCACCAUAAAUGGCAUAGAAAACGAUCCUAGCGCAAAAUCGUACUGGAUGAUUAAUGAUGAGCAAACCGGAGCGUCACUUAAAUGUGGAGUGAGCUCUUACGUGCCCGUCAACGGCUCCACAACUCUCUUUCGGUUCACUCAAUUUCCAAGUCACUCAAGUCAUGGCAAUAAUGCGAAUGCUAGUGGAAGCUGUAAAAGCCAUUCCAAUAUUCCGGUUCCACCCUCUACGAUCACCGUUACGAUUGGAAUGGAGUGGAAUCCGGACGUUAUCAAGAAGCCUAUCCCUCCUCCCUACACCACCAAAGUCGCCAGAGGCACGACACUUACAGAAAUCAUAAACAAAGUUGCAGAUAAAAAUCCCGAGGGCCCUUUUAAUAAGUAUUCAUCCACAUACUAUGGCGGACAGGGACAUUUUAUCACUGCCAUGAACGGUACUAAAGAGGAUUCUACCAAGGACUGGCUCUGGAAGAUUUACGACAAAGCAACUGGAGAACUCUUGCCAUCCUUUGUAGAUAAGUACAAACCCCAGGAAGGCUCAACUACAAUCCUGAAGUUUAUCACAAGCAUGGAGUCUGAGUCUAGCGCCAGCGAGACACUUGCGAGGAUGGGAUUGAUAGUCCUGUGCAUCUCAGCCAUUGUGGAAGGCUUGCUGUUUUUGUAACUCAAAGUUGAAAAAAAAAACCCUUAAUUA